AGUCUCCCUAUUCGAUUCUACUUGUUUCUUCAGAAAUCUAUACUCACAAAACAACAAGCGGCAAAAGAAAAGAAAGAAAAGGAAAAGGAGAUGGGUAGCUCUGGAUUUUCAUGGAAAUUGAAGGAUCACCCAAAGCUGGCAAAGGGGAAAACGAUAGCAAUGAUUGUUUUGGAUGGGUGGGGCGAAGCUAAACCCAAUCAGUACAAUUGCAUCCAUGUGGCGGAGACUCCAACCAUGGAUUCACUUAAGAAUGGUGCCCCUGAUAAAUGGAGAUUGGUGAAGGCCCAUGGUAAGGCGGUGGGUCUGCCCACAGAUGAUGACAUGGGCAAUAGUGAGGUUGGUCACAAUGCUCUUGGUGCUGGCAGGAUUUAUGCACAAGGUGCUAAGCUUGUUGAUAGUGCUCUUGAUACUGGAAAAAUUUAUGAUGGAGAAGGUUUCAACUACAUCAAGGCAUCUUUUGAAAGUGGAACACUUCACCUCAUCGGAUUAUUGAGUGACGGAGGUGUACACUCUAGGCUAAAUCAGUUGCAGUUGUUGCUUAAAGGUGCUAGUGAGCGUGGUGCUAAAAGAAUCCGUGUUCACGUUCUGACGGAUGGACGUGAUGUUUUGGAUGGAACAAGUGUGGCCUAUGUUGAAACUCUUGAAGAGGAUCUUGCAAAGCUACGCGAAAACGGUGUCGAUGCCCAGAUUGCAUCUGGUGGAGGUCGCAUGUAUGUCACAAUGGAUCGAUAUGAAAAUGAUUGGGAAGUUGUAAAAAGAGGAUGGGAUGCACAAGUCCUCGGAGAAGCACCAUACAAGUUUAAGAGUGCCGUUGAAGCUGUCAAGAAGCUGAGAGAGAUUCCUAACACGAGUGAUCAAUACUUGCCUCCCUUUGUCAUUGUUGAUGAUAGUGGCAAGUCUGUGGGGCCCAUUGUCGACGGUGAUGCUGUUGUGACUUUCAACUUCCGGGCUGAUCGUAUGUCCAUGGUUGCCCAGGCACUUGAGUAUGAGAAGUUUGAUAAAUUUGACCGUGUCAGAUUUCCCAAGAUUCGUUACGCUGGGAUGCUUCAGUACGAUGGCGAACUUAAACUUCCAAACCACUACCUCGUUUCUCCUCCUGAAAUGGAAAGAACUUCUGGAGAGUAUUUGGUCCACAACGGUGUCCGUACCUUUGCUUGCAGUGAAACAGUUAAAUUUGGUCAUGUGACCUUUUUCUGGAACGGAAACCGGUCAGGAUACUUCAACGCGGACAUGGAAGAAUAUGUUGAAAUUCCAAGCGAUAGUGGUAUUACCUUUAAUGUCAAGCCAAAGAUGAAAGCCUUGCAGAUUGGUGAGAAGGCAAGAGAUGCUAUCCUCAGCGGCAAAUUUGACCAGGUACGUGUUAACCUGCCAAAUAGUGACAUGGUGGGACACACCGGUGAUAUUGACGCAACAGUUGUGGCUUGUAAGGCUGCUGAUGAAGCCGUCAAGAUGAUACUUGAUGCGAUAGAGCAAGUGGGAGGAAUAUAUGUAGUUACAGCUGAUCACGGAAACGCAGAGGACAUGGUUAAAAGGAACAAGAAAGGCGAACCCCUUCUUGACAAGAAUGGCAACAUUCAGAUUCUUACUUCUCACACACUUGAACCUGUCCCGAUUGCAAUCGGAGGACCAGGGCUGGCAGCUGGUGUCAAGUUCAGGAAAGAUGUACCGAAUGGUGGGCUUGCAAAUGUGGCUGCAACUGUCAUGAACCUACACGGCUUCGUGGCCCCUGACGACUAUGAGACGACCCUCAUUGAGGUUGUUGACGUUUAGAUUCUGUUCUUUUUUUCGUUUUCGUUUCAAAAUUUUGCACUAGGGGGGAUGGCUACAGAAAGAAUACACUACACACUAUCCAUUCUUUCUGAAUAAAUACACCUUUUGCUUGCUGAGUUUUACUUUCUAGUGUAAUUGAGACUAUUAACUUAAGCAGCAUCGAACUAUUUUUCUCCUAUUUCGAUGGGGUUGUGAUUUGUUCGACAAUUCGAUGAUUUGAAAUAUAAUUAUCAACUCUUAGUGUCUUUCCAUUCGUGACCUA